UUUCGCCGUCUCAACGGCUUGUCGCUUUGCAAACUCGUCGCCCGCGAGUCGUACACUGCAGACGAGGCAUGUGGAUUCAAGUGCGCAAAAUGAACGGUCACGGACCGGCCGUGCACAUCAACAAACUCAGCAAAUUGACAAAAAUCGAAGAGCUGCGGCGUCGGCUCGUCGACCGCUUCGACGUGCCGCCCGAAAGACAGCGACUGUUCUAUCGCGGCAAGCAGAUGGAAGAUGGGCUCACGUUGUUUGAUUAUGAAGUUGGUCUGAAUGAUAUUAUCCAGCUGUUGGUGAAGUCGGAAGCAUCAGCUGAGGAGCAGAGUGAGAACUGUGAAGACAGAGUGAAUGACUUGAAGGAGAGGAGGAAUUCAGAUGAUGUGCAUGCACCGUCGUACAAUAUUAGACCAAGUAGCAAGAGCUCUAAAGCUAUUUCAAACAGUUCUUCUGCUACCGCCAGUGAAGCUGAUGAGGAUCAAGUCAGCGGUGCAUACAAAGUUGGUGACCUAGUAGAUGCGAGAAAUCUUCACACUGGAGCAUGGUUUGAAGCCAUCAUAGAAAAAGUAACAAAAGGAACGAGCGAAACCAACGGAGACGCGUCAAACAUUGAAGCUAUCAUGUAUCAUGUGAGAUAUGACAGUCCACAUGGUGGCGAUGAGGCCAUACUUCGUCAGCAUGACGUUCGGCAUCGAGCUCAAUAUCGUCUUCAGUGGGCACAGCUUGCUGUUGGACAAAACGUAAUGGCAAACUACAAUCCAGACAAUCCGAAAGAGAGAGGAUAUUGGUAUGACGUGGAGUUGACAAGAAAGGAGGAUGACGAAUACAGGGAGUUGUACUGUCGAUUACUAUUGAGUGGUGGAGACUCGAGUGCCUCGGAGGAGUGCCAGCUGAUGUUCAUUGACGAGAUUUUUAGGAUAGAACCACAGCCAGGUGAUACAGAUGACAAACUCAAUGAUGCUGUUUUGGACAAACGAAAACACGUUCCAAGUUGUUCACGUUGCAAAGACAAACCCACAAAGAAAUGCAUUCAUUGUGCAUGCUGUGUGUGUGGUGAUAAGAGUGAACCUGAUCAACAAGUGUUGUGUGAUGAAUGCGAUCAAGCGUAUCAUCUGUGGUGUCUAGAUCCACCUCUCAUCGAUGUCCCAGAGACUGAGGAAUGGUUUUGUCCCGAGUGUCGUAACGACGAUUCUCUGGUCGUAGCAGCAGGUCAGACACUCAGACACAGUAAGAAGCGAGCCAAAAUGGUAUCAUCAACUACGAAUUGUAAACGAGACUGGGGCAGAGGUAUGGCUUGUGUUGGGAGAUCGAAAGUCUGCACGAUUGUUCCCUCAAAUCAUUUCGGUGCAAUACCCGGAGUUCCAGUUGGAACCAUGUGGAAAUACAGAGUGACAUGUAGUGAGAGCGGUGUUCAUCGGCCACACGUAGCUGGUAUUCACGGCAAAGAGCGUGAAGGGGCAUACUCUAUUGUGUUAGCUGGUGGAUAUGAGGACGACACUGACAUGGGAGAGGACUUCACGUACACGGGGAGUGGAGGCAGAGAUCUGUCUGGUAAUAGACGGACAGCAGCACAAUCGAGUGAUCAGAAGCUGACGAGAAUGAACAAAGCGCUCGCAAUGAACUGCGAUGCACCAAUCGACGACAAAUCCGGGGCAGAAGCUCAAAACUGGAAAGACGGCAUGCCCGUUCGCGUGGUUCGUAGCUACAAAGGACGGAAGAACUCUAAGUAUGCUCCAGAGGAUGGAAUUAGAUACGACGGUCUGUACAAGGUGGUCAAGUACUGGCCUGAACAGGGACAAGCAGGUUUCUUAGUGUGGCGAUAUCUACUGAGGAGGGAUGACUCGUCUCCUGCUCCGUGGACUGCAGAAGGAAAGCGUAUACUUAAGAAACUCGGUCUGACCAUGCAGUAUCCGGACGGAUUUCUUGCUGCAAAAGGAGAGAAGAAUGAGAAGGAAAAUGGUGUUGAUGUGAUAGUGAGUGAUGAAGAGAGCGAGAUGGGAGCUAAGACGAGGAAGGGCAGUAGAAAGAAAAAGAGAAAGUUUAUAGAAUGCGCCGACGAGAAAAAAUCUCCAGCUAAAAAGCAGGCUCUCGAGUUGACAGACAAACAAAGAGCUUUACUGAUGGCUGACACUAAGAAUAAGAAACUCUGGGAGCAACUGCUGAAAAAAUCCCAAGUUGGAUUGCUUGAUUCCAUCAAAGAGCAGUUCAUGUGUAUCUGCUGUCAAGAGCUCGUCUACCAACCAGUCACAACAGAAUGCAAUCAUAACGUCUGCCAGGAUUGCCUCAUUCGUUCAUUCAGAGCAGAAGUCUUCCGCUGUCCUGCCUGUCGAUACUUUCUCGGCAGAAAGUAUGAGAUGACGGUCAACAAAGACUUGGACGUAGCGUUGAAGUCGAUAUUUCCUGGCUAUGGUGUAGGGCGGUAACCGUCGAUUUCUUUUUACAAAUAGUCGAGGAUAUGUUUGAAGUUUUAGCUAAACACUGUUUUAUCUUGAUGAAGGAGUAGCAAGUCUCCAAGAAUUAUAGCACUUUAUAGAUUGCGUCU